UUGACUCCGUUCUACGUCUUUCAAGUCUUCAGCAUUUUGUUAUGGUCGGCGGCGGAGUCAUAUUAUUACUACUCAGCGUGCAUCUUCCUAAUGUCGGUCGUUUCGCUGAUCGCUCAAAUUGUUCAAGAACGAAUGAUGGAGAGGGCAUUGAAAAAAACAGUGAACAAUAUAAGCACAUGUCUCGUUGCUAGACCGGGAAGAGAAGGUGUGAUGUUUGAAGAAACAAGCUCGAUUAAUUUGGUGCCAGGCGAUGUCAUACAGAUACCUUCGAGCGGUUGCAUCAUGCAGUGUGAUGCUGUCCUCAACUCGGGGACAGCCAUCGUCAACGAAAGCAUGCUUACAGGAGAAAGUGUUCCCAUAACAAAGACAAGUGUUUUGGAUAACGAGCUCGUGUUCAACGAGAAAGACCACAACAGAAAUAUUUUGUAUUGUGGUACGUGCGUUAUCCAAACACGCACGGUGAAUAUGCAACCCGUAACCGCUAUGGUCAUUAGAACAGGAUUCUUGACAACAAAGGGAUCAUUGAUUUGUUCAAUUUUAUAUCCAAAAUCGAUGGAUUUUAAGUUCACAAAAGAUAGUUACAAGUACGUUGCUGCUCUAUCCUGUGUAGCCGUUGUUGGCAUGGUCUAUACGGCAUGCUGCAUGGCCUUAAAUGGAUCGGUGGCAGAAGAUGUCAUCAUUCGAAUGUUGGACAUCGUGACCAUCGUUGUUCCUCCAGCGCUGCCAGCCGCUCUCACCUACAGCAUCGCUAUUGCCCAGUAUCGUCUCAAGAGGAAUUCCAUAUUCUGUCUCAACUCCAAGUCAAUCAACGUCUGCGGCAGUCUCGAUGCAUUUUGUUUUGACAAAACAGGAACGUUAACUGAGGACGGAUUAGAUAUCUACUGCAUUCAGCCUUGUGGUAGUCCGGGAAAUGAUGUCAUUAGUAGCAACAGUGAUAGUGGCAUACCACUAUCAUCGUAUUACCUGGAUCAUAUACGGAUCAACAUGGCCUCCUGUCACUCGCUCGUUUGUCUUGAUGGAAUUUUUUGUGGAGAUCCAAUUGACUUGAAAAUGUUCGAAUACACACAAUGGCACUUCAUUGAAUAUGAAGAUGCCACAAUGACAGACCUCAAAACGCCGAUAGUAGUUAAGCCUAAAUUAGAAAAUCAAGAAAAAAUGAUACCCGAAUAUGGUGUAUUGAAACAGAUGCCAUUCAGUUCAAAACUUCAGCGGAUGUCUGUUAUUGUCAGGAGCCAACAGAGGCCAGCUGAUUCUUUCGACCCACUCAACACUUUUUCCGUCUACGCAAAAGGAUCUCCUGAAACGAUAUCCUCGUUAUCAAUUGCCCACACAGGCUGGCAAAAAAUGCUUAUUCAAGUUCUCGUGCACUACACUCGCCAAGGUUUCAGAGUGCUUGCCCUAGCCUGGAAGCCACUUUACAGCGAUGUACCGACUAGUGAUCAGAUCGAAAGUUCUCUGAUUUUUCUUGGCCUUAUAGUUAUGGAAAAUAAAUUGAAAAAAGAAACAAUUUCCACUAUAAAAAAGUUGAAAAACGCUGACUUAAAAAUUGUAAUGGUUACAGGUGACAAUUUAUUGACCGCGCUAAACAUCGCACAAAAAUGUUUCUUCAUUGAAAGGAACGAAAGUGUUUACUUCAUAUCACUGGAUACACCCAACAACUCUGUUGACAUUCCUUUGUUGUCCUUUUGCCAAAUAAAUGAGUUUGAAGAUGAUCAUUUUUUAGGCGUAAGUUCUAGCGAAUCAAACUUAAAAGAAGCAGAGGUUAAGCAGACCAAAUAUCAUUUUGCUAUAACUGGCAAAAUGUGGAAACUCUUCAGAUCUCAUUAUCCUGAUUUGGUUUCCAAGUUGGUCGUCAGGGGCACGAUAUUUGCGCGGUUUUCUCCAGACCAGAAAAAACAACUGGUCGAAGAACUGCAAGCUGUUGGAUAUUACGUUGGAAUGUGUGGUGAUGGGGCGAAUGAUUGUGGCGCUCUGAAGACCGCUCACUCGGGAAUUUCGCUGUCUGAGACUGAAGCAUCUGUAGCGUCUCCGUUCACGUCGAAGCAGGCCAACAUCUCCUGCGUGGUCAGACUCGUCAGGGAAGGGAGGUGUGCCUUAGCAACAUCUUUUGGAAUUUUCAAAUUCAUGACGGCAUACAGCAUGAACCAGUUUCUCAUCGCGUGCAUUUUUAUUUGGAAUCUAACCUUGCUGAGUGACAUGCAGUUCAUGUAUCAAGACAUCUUCAUGCUCACUCCACUGUCAUUUACAUUUUGCUUCACAUCAUCGUACAAAGUGUUGGUAGCCAGAAAACCAAUGAUCAGCUUGGUUGCUUUCACUCCGUUACUUUCCAUUGUAACGAACCUGGCACUGAACUUGGCGACCAUGAUUUUCAUGUACUACUUCACGAAAAACCAAACAUGGUUAGUAAAAGUACAAUUUUAA